GCCCAGCUGCUGUAAGUAUAUAGAGAAGUCCGUUAACGUCCACUUGUGCUGGAGAACAGUACAGGCACCUGAUAGUAUCCAUUGUACAUAACUGACCCGGGCCCGGGCCCGCCAUCUCCCAAGUGGAAACGGGCCCGAGCGGGACCUCGAUAAAAUAAAGAUAUCCCCGCCCUGCUUGCCUCACAUCCACACCACGAAUAGCGCCCAAGCUUCAGGGGAUCACCCGCUGCCACCACUCACCACCGCGUCAUGACGCUACGACCCCAACUUCUUCCGGCCAUCAUCCGAGUCCAACCAAGUCCCGGUCGCCAACAACAGCCAGCGCCGCCAUGAACUGGCUAACAGCCCUCAGCCUGGCCGCCGUGGUGAUCCCCUCGCUCUACAUCUACACCGUCUCCAUCGUCGCCACACGUUUCCCCGUCCUGCGCAACAAGCGCAUAUGCCUGCUGAUUGCCCACCCGGACGAUGAGGCCAUGUUCUUUGCGCCGACCGUGCUGGCGCUCACGAGGCCGGAGACGGGCAACCAUAUCAAGAUUCUGUGUUUGAGCAGCGGCGAUGCCGAAGGCCUCGGUCCCACGCGCAAGCGCGAACUCGCCACUUCCGGCACUUACCUCGGCCUCCGCUCCCCCUCCGACGUCUUUGUGAUCGACUCGCCCUUUUUCCCCGAUAGCAUGACUACAUCCUGGGACCCCGAGCGCAUUUCCCACUUGCUAGCCUCGGCUUUCGCUCCCGAACUCAAAGAGACCACCAACAUCGCUUCUGCCAGCGCCUCGCGAUCAUCCAAGAACAAGGGAGGUGCUGGAAAGGCGGAAGUGAAGGCCACAAUCGACACCAUCAUCACUUUCGACAAGCACGGAAUCUCGGGACAUCCAAAUCACAUUUCCCUCUACCAUGGCGCUAGGUUGUUUGUGAGUCAGUUGUUGGCUGCUACGGCCGGGAAGAACAAGGAAAAGGGGCAGGGGCAGGUGGAUCUUUACACACUUCCCACGCUCUCUCUGCCGCGCAAAUAUAGCGGGAUCCUGGACGCCCUUCCUACACUGUUGGAAUGGGCAUGGUCAGCGGGUAUCACGAAAAAGGACAAACACGAAAGGCCGGGCGGCUUGGUGUUUAUGAACAACCUUAUUCCUGGCGAGGGAUGGGCGAGUGUGGACAAGGCGUGGGCGGCCAUGACCAAGGCACAUGUGAGCCAGAUGAGGUGGUUCAGGUAUGGGUGGAUUGGCCUGAGUAGGUAUAUGUAUGUGAAUAGUUUGUUCAGGGAGGUUGUUCAGCCAGCUACGGCCGACAACUAAGAUUCCUCAAUGAGUGAUGGGGAUGAAUGAGGAUUGCUUUCUAAUGUUGGUUAGGACGGAAAGAUCGGAAACGGCGGCUAUAGCCGAAGAGAUGAGUAUAGUUAACGGGGGAGGAAGCUCCUAUGGAAAGAAAGCAUCAGGGCGUCGGCAGUUUGGAAAAAACAUGCGCUCUUCGGGUAUCUAUAUUGGCAAAACACUUUUCCUCAUCAAGUCGUAAUCCCCCUCCAAAUCCACCACAGCCAAGAGAAAAUACCAAUACUGCAACCAGCCCAUGCGCC